CGGAGUAAGCUGCGCAAGGGUACAUUUAGCUGUUGGGAAUGCAAAAAUCGAAAGAGACGCUGCGAGUUCAAGCCUGGAUCAGGCUCCGCCUGUGUCUCCUGCCAGCGCCGGGGUCUGCCCUGUAUCAGCCAAGAGCAUCCAAACACGGAAUCCAGCGGCUACCAAGAGGUUGAACGACGGAUCGAACAGGUUGAGGCUUUAGUCCGUCGGCUAGUUGAGCAAAACGGGCCUUGCUCAUUCCAGCAGCCACGGGGAGAAGCCUCACCAGCUGCUAUUGCGACAGGGUCCUGGAACAGCAGAAAACUGCUGCCGUCGCCCUUACCUACAGCCGGCCAAGAGAUGCUGAAUAGAUGCUGCUCUCUUAGCGGCUAUCUCCAUUCGAUUCUUCCGUCGCCAACGGUUAUCAGGCUCAUAUUCAGUCGCGCAAAGUCCUUCACACGGCCGCUGCGGCUGUUUCAGCACUCUUUGAGAGGGCUCAAUGAUGGGGCUUUGCGGGCGUCAGGAGGAGUCCCAGAUAAUCCUCACCCUGUCUUCUUGGCCCGGACACUCAUACAGAUCGCGGUUUGCUUACAGCAGCUGGACGACGCGGCAAUAUCCGACCAACCGGAACUCCAUCUUGGUGAGCCGAUUCGGAACGCUGCCUGCCGAUUCUUUGACGCUGCAUCGCGCCACGUCACAUCUCAAGACUUGCUGGUGGACUCGUUGGAUGGGCUGGAGACCCUCAUGCUGGAGGCUUGUUACCAUGUCACCGUAGGCAAUAUUCGUGUUGCCUGGCUAACGUUCCGCCGUGCUGUAAGCAUUGCCCAGUCGAUGAGCCUUCAUAGGAGCACUGGGAAAGCAGAUCGUCGGGGGGAAUACCUGUGGUUUCGCCUCGUUUAUAGCGACCGCUUCAGCUCGCUGAUUCUGGGUCUUCCCUCGGCUGUUGCCGACGAUGCCGGCCUUGCAAGUGAGGACAUUCUGGUGAGGAGCAGCUCUACCGAACGGUUGGAACGUAUCCAUGCCGUGAUUGUGGGCCGUAUCAUUGUGCGAAACCUGCGGAUGCAACGGCUCGAUCAUGGGAGUAAGGAUGAAAUAUAUGAAGAGACACUAGAGAUUGACCACCAGCUUAAACAAGCUACAAAGUCGUUGCCGUCGAGCUGGUGGAUUGUUGGAAACCUACACCAUACGAACACAGACGGAGAGAUUAUGGAAAAAACGGCCAGAUUGCUUGCGCAGCUACACUAUUAUUACGUCUUGAUUCUCCUUCACCAGCCACAUCUGCUAUACAAGCCAAGACCUUCAUCAAGAGCAGCUCUGAUACCCGAUUCACUCGAUGGCACAUACAGCAAGCUUGUCCUCCCCCCUGCGAGCCGAGAACUUCUCAGCCGUUUUAUAGUGCUUCGAAACGUCUACAACAUACCGUCCUACCGUGCACUUGAUGACAAGGCUCUCACUGCGGCAAUGAUGCUACUUCUUCUUCAUAUAGAUGGACACCGUCUUGGCCGGGAAAAUGCUCUAGAUCACCAGCGUCUGAGCGAUAUAGGGACUAUACAUGGCGUGAUGGAAAAAAUAGAGAAUCUGUCACACUGGAAUACCAAUCACGAGGGCCACAGCUCUAGAAUGCAAGCACUGAGGAAUCUCAUAGACAUUGAAGCAAGAGUGGCAGACGGUGCAAAAUAUUCUUUCUGGAGCGAGAUUGGCCCUGUCGAAGGUGAGGAAUAUAGCCUCAAGCUAUCAGUUCCAUAUUUUGGAACGGUC